AUGAUGCAAACACUGCGUCGUGAUUAUCAACGAGUUCAAUGUGUUUCAAUGAGUAAAGUCGGCAUGACUUGUCGUAAAAUCAGCACUAUCCUUGGUAUUUCAAAAUCAUCUGUUCAACGUGCUUUGAAGCGAUAUGAAGAAACAGGUGACUUUCGAGAUCGGCGACGUACUGGUAUACCAAAAACAUUAAAUAAUCGAAAUAUUCGUAUGUUAAAACAUUUAAUACAAAAUGAUGGGCGACAUUAUUCUGCACGUAAAACAACUUUUAGAUUCAUUAAUACAUUAAACAAUCCAGUUGCUACAAAAACAGUUAUUAAUUAUCUUCGCCAAUGUGGUUAUGAAUAUAAAACUAAAAUAACAAAAUCAUUUCUUAACAAGGAUCAUUAA